AUGUCCUCUGAAGCAUUUGUAACAUUGGCUACCAACGAUGGUUAUGCUCUUGGAGCUUUGGUUGUUGCACAAUCACUACGCAAAGUUGGAACACAACGAAAAUUAGUUGUUAUGAUUUCAAAACAUGUUUCUAAUUUAAUAAAACAAACAUUAGAAACAAGUUUUGAUGAAGUUGUUCUUGUUGAAGAAUUAGAUUCUCAGGAUAGUGAAAAUUUAAAUUUAUUACGUCGUCCUGAACUUGGUAUUACAUUUACAAAAGUAAAUUGUUGGCUUUUAGAAAAAUAUUCCAAAUGUGUUUUUCUUGAUGCUGAUAUACUUGUUUUACGUAAUAUUGAUGAUUUAUUUGAACGAGAAGAAUUUUCAGCUGCACCUGAUGCUGGUUGGCCUGAUUGUUUUAAUUCAGGUCUUUUUGUUUAUCGACCUUCAAAAGAAACAUUUAGAAAAUUGGUUCAAUUUGCUAGUCAACAACAUGCUUCAUUUGAUGGUGGUGAUCAAGGACUUUUAAAUGGUUUUUUUUCAAAUUGGCGAUCAUCUGAUGUAUCUCGUCAUAUACCAUUUGUUUAUAAUGUUACAGCAAAUACAUUUUAUUCAUAUGUUCCAGCUAUUACACGAUUUCAUAAUGAUAUUCGUGUUGUUCAUUUUGCUGGUGCAUUAAAACCAUGGCAUUUAACAUAUAAUCCACAAAACGAACAAUUAUCGGGCAAUUUAGAUGGACAACAUGAUGUUCAAAGAGAAUUUCUUCUUUCUUGGUGGAAAGUUAUGUAUGAACGAGUUUGGCCACAAUUAUCUAAAUUUAAUCAGCAAUCCGAACAAAACAAAUCAGGCAUGUUAAGUGAGUCUAAUAUUUCAGUUGUGAAUAAAUCAUGUCGAAUGAAUAUUGAUUUAAAUGUAAAUAAAAUGAAAGAAGAAGAAAAAAAAAAUUUCUUUGAAAAUCGAAGAUUAUCAUAUCCAUCAAUAAUAGAUGAUUUAUAUAAUGAUAUAUCAAUUGAAGAAAAUAUUAAAAAAAUCUAUUCAAUAAAUAAUAUUAUUCCCAAAUCAGGAAUAUUUUAUAUAAAACAAGGAGAAAAUAUUUAUUUAAAUCAUUAUCAACCAGAAUAUAUUCAUUCGAAUUUAUUUAAUUAUAAUUAUCAACAAGAUAAUUUAUCAUCACAAAAAAUUAUUUCAUUUUUUUCAAAAGAAAAAAAAAGAGAAUAUUUUAUGGGUCAAUCCGAAGGUGGAUUUGGUGGUUUAAAUUAUGGUUCAUUAACAAAUGAUCAAGGUGUUCAAUCUGGUUCUGCUGCUCAUCGUCGAGCUUGGGAAGCUGGACAGAUUGAUUAUCAUGGACGAGAUUCUUUUACUCAUAUUCAGGAACAAUUAGAAAGAAAUAUAACUCAACAACAAACCCAACCAUAUCAUCCAUCCCAACAACAUACACAAUCAACACUCGCUUCUGCUGUUCCGAAUCUUGGUGAACAAGAAAAACAAUCUACUCAAACAGAUCAAUCAGCAUCAUCUGGCAGCCAUCAAUAA